GUGAUGUUAAAUUGCAAGAUGAAAGCUGUUCUGUUGCUCUGUGCCUUUACCUUUCUCCAAUGCCAAGCCAAUGACGAACCUUCAGAAAAUGUAAAACUAGUACUAAUAGAUGAUUCUCCUCAAAAGUUUGAAAUCGAAUCCAACAAACCACAAAAUUACUACGUAAAAGAAUCUCAUAGUGAUGAUGAGUCCUAUCAUAGUGAUAGUGAUAUAGUAAAAGAAUACUAUAUUAAGGAUAAGAAAUCUGAUAAAACCAGACAUGUGAAUGUUGAUGUGACAGUAAAGCCGCCUGGAAAAUAUGAUGAUAAGAGUAUUGAAAAGAAAAUUGAUGUUAAUGUUAAAAUUAAAGACUCAAAGUAUAAUGAAUAUGAUAAGGAGCGUGACAAUGCUAACCCAAAUAAUUAUAAUAUUACUGUAAAGGUUCAUCAGCAACCACUUAAGAAAAAAAUUAAAGAAAAUGUCCUUGUUAAGUUAGUCAAAAAAGCUAUAAAAUAUACUGGAUAGCUUCUUAUGAGUUGACAAUUUUUCAAAAAAUAGCGACGAUCAAUUUUUAUUAACUUUUUAAAAUGUGUGAAAUUUACUAAUUAUUAAUUAUUUGCAAAUUGUACCCCAAGUAAAAAUCGCGAUUAAUAAUUAUUUUAAUAAUUUACAAUCUCACCAAUGUAAUCAUUAUGUUCAAAGAUGAAGCAGCUAAUUCAAAGCCACAUACUAGCACAGUCUAACAAUGUUGAAAUCUAUAUACUUUGAUACUAGGUUAAACGGAAGUAACUUUUUUAAAAGUUAAUACUAGCUGAUAUUUGAAAGAAAAAGUAAAUAAGAUUCUUCACAAGUAAAUUUAAUAAUAUAAAUAUAUACCGGAUAUUUCAUUUAAAAAUUUUGAAAUAUUGCGUAUUUAAUUUUGGUAAAUUUAAAAAAUGUUAACAAUCAUUGUGUAAUACAAAAAAUGAUAAAAUAUCACUGCCUGUUUUUAACAGAUAUCUUUGAAUCACUGUGAUACAAUUUUUGUAAGUCUAGGUUGUCCGUAGUUAGUUAAAAAAAAUUUAAACAAACUCUCUAAAAGGCCAAGAAAAAAACAUUAAUUACGUGAAAACGCCGUAUGCAAAAUUAAAAAUUUUAUACCAAAGUAAAGCUCUAUUUAUGCGCACUUAUUUUGUAAAACAUUAUACUGCUUUAUAAUAAUUUUUUUGUAAUCAGCAUAUAAAAGAAUGUUUAGUUUUUAGAUUUUUGGCGUACAACUUUGCUAUAGAAAUUUUUGCUCUACGUCGUAUAGUUUAAGCGUUAUAUUUGCUGUAUACCUUGCUAACGCACCUUGUAUAAUUCUCACCUAAUUAUCCAGCCUAAGUUUUCUAACUACAAAAGCAAAUGUCAAGUGCUUCACGAGAAAUACUUUAGAAAUAAUAUUUAGCCUCUAUGAUCAAUCUGUUCUUUAAAACGCAGAUACUAAGAUGAAGAAGCCUAAUGGGUCUUCCUACUACUAUUUAAAAUGAGAUGGUGUUACCUUUUCAGGUCGGUACUAAUAAACUGAGCUUGUAGUUUAAUAUGAUCACAAAGAAUAUUAUAUUUAACAAUGUUUUCAUUGAACGACUUAUGUCUCUUAUAUACGAAUAUAAACAAAAAAAAGUUCAUUUGAUUAAGUUUGUGUAUUUGCUGCAGUUACAAAAUACAUACGGUGAACCUCUUAAUUAAAUUUUAUUAUAUACAUGAUAUCUUUUGAAAAUAUGGUAGCAUCAUCUUGUUAAAAUUGAAUUAUUUCCUUUGUAAGAAUCUAUUUAUGUAUGUUAAAUAGCGUAACUUGAAUAAACAAAUA